CAUUCUAUAUGUUAGUCAAACCCACCGCGAAUGAUGCAAUUGGAUGCAAUGAGAUUGUAGCAGAUUGUAGUUUACAAGUGCUCCGCCAUAUAAAUCAGUAUAUCAGUAUUUAGUACAUUCAUAGCCACACAGAAUACUUUUGUGGUUGGAAAUCUAUUAUUUGUUAGUCUCUGCGAAACAGCUGAGUUCUAUACUGAUUCAACAAAAAGCGCGUGGUACUGUCUGCCAAUACUGGUCAAAAUGACUGUUCUUAAAGAAAAUGACAGAGUUCUCGUAGUUCUAGACAACGAAAUUUCGAAAGAUGAUGUUGUUGAUUUCAUUAGUGCGAUUAGGAAGCCUCUCACAAAUGCAGAGCAGUUAAUUAUUGCAUCAACAAAGGAAUUAGAAAUACAUAUUAACAACGCAUCGUCCUACGACACAAUUAUUUCUAUUUUCAAGCAGUCUUGUCCAAAUUAUAAGACGUUUUUAGAGGAUUGUUUGAAAGCAAUAAAGCCAAAAGGCACAUUAAUUAUUUAUGAGUCAUUCCCAAAAAAUAAAGAGGCUGAUACAAAGUCUCUGUAUGAUAAGAGAGUAUCAAAUUUGAAAUUGGCUGGAUUCAAAAUAAAAUCUAAUGAAGAUUCAGAUACCCAGCAAUUGAAGAAUGAUUUGCUAGGAGUCUACAAUGACUCGAACAACAUUUCUGAAAUAGUAGCAGAGAAACCCUCAUUUGAAAUUGGUUCUAGUGUAACACUUAACUUUGGAAAACAGAAAGCCAAUGUAUGGAAAUUAGAUAGUGCUGUUGAUGAAGAAUUAAUCAAUGAGGAUGAUCUUCUAGAUGAAACUGACAUUCUAAAACCUGAAGUAUCCAGUUUGAGAGUUUGUAGUACAACUGGUAAACGAAAAGCAUGCAAGGAUUGUUCCUGUGGAUUAGCUGAGGAAUUAAGUGGUAAAAUGGAACAAAAGGAAACUAUAAAGUCCUCUUGUGGACGUUGCCACCUUGGAGAUGCGUUUCGAUGUGCCAGCUGCCCAUAUCUUGGUGUUCCUGCAUUUAAGCCUGGGGAAAAAAUAGUUUUACCAGAUACACAGUUAAAAGCAGAUUAGAAAAACAUUAUUUGUUAAAGUUAUAAGUUAAAUGUUUAUCUUUCUGUAUGUAAUUAUUUUAAUAAUAAUUGAAUUAUAGUUAAUAAUUUUAUUUAUUUUUGGAAGGGGUGGUAAUAUCUUGUACAUGAAAAUUUAAAUGAUGUAUGUAUUCUUACAAAUAAACGUGACAAAUAACCUUUA